AUGGCGUUCACUCGGCACACAAAAGAGGGCGACGAAUUGGCAAGCCUCAGAGCGUUGACCCGGCAGCUCCUGGUGGAGGAGGUGAGUUCUCAGUGCCGCCUUUGUCCGGUGUGAAUGUAUGGGGGAUCUUCAGGUAGCGAGGAGAGCAAGGAAGGAGGAGGUGUUCGACUCGGCGCACGAUGCGGAUUUCGCCACCGCUCAGCAGCAGAAAAAGGACCUGCAGGAAAACGGCGCCGAUGAGCUGGCGAGCCUUCGGUCGUCGCAAAAUGGCAAGAGCCCUCGAAAGAACCAGGUAAGGUGCGGUCUGUUACGAGUGAUUCGUCGGGGGGUCGCUUCACGAUUUCCGUUUCUCUUGACAGCGUUCGCCGAGAUCAGGUCAGGGAAGCUGAAUGACAUCGUGAUGCAUAUAUGUCUGUGCGGGUGCCUGUGUGCGCAGCAGAGGACCGGCUGGUGUUGGACUGCAGUGAUGUGAAUCCCGUUUGGGCGUUCAAACAAUUCGCCGGCAAGCGACUACAGCCCACAGGUUGGUCAAAUCACAGGGGAACCCCUGGUCGUCGUGACAGUGUUCUUGUGCAGUUGACGUGUACGCCGAUCUGAAAGGGCAGGAGGCUGAUGAGGGCGAUAGUGGCUCCGCGAGGCCUCUCAGGGCCACUGGGUGGGACGACCGAUGCAUGCAUAUUGUAUGGGAGAAAUGUAUAUCUUGGUCAUCAUUGCUUCGAGCAGAUCGAGUCAGGGGACGCGGCUGUACCCCUCCGGUAAGCUUUGAGGUCCUCGUGAAACACUUAGCCUUCCACAAUGCUGUCAUCCAUCGUGAUGCCAGGCUUGCCUAGUCGUCGGUUGCAGUUUGAAACGCCUCUGCAGAGGUAAGAAGGGACAACAUGCUGAGGACACAUUUAUGUCAUUGAUUGUUGUUGCACUCGGCUUUCUCAGAUAUCAGCGUUUGCGUCGCGAAGUGCCCGAAGCUGUCGAGGCCAUCGUACGCGCCACAAGCACAUCAUUAUACACGCCCGCCUCCUUCCAAAUCUUCUCUCACUGUGCGCAGCUUGUGUGGGUGAAUGAGCGCCAGAGUGGCGGCGCCGCUGGCGAACAAGGUGAUGCGGCCGAUAAGGGGGCGAUAGGGCUGGUGCAAGACAACCUGCAGUUACAGGGUGGCACAUAGAAGCAGGCGAAAAGUUCCCAGUAGCGUCAGGGUCUGUUCUUGUGGUUCGUUUGUAAGGUCACGUGCGCAAGCUGGAGGAAGAGGUACCGAAGCUUUUGCAGGCCUUGCAGAGCACCACUGCUCAAGAACCAGCACUCCCGUCUCCCAAGAGGGAAACUGACGUGAGACACCAACCAACACGGUACAAGGGGGAUCGGAAAUGUUCCGCUAUUGUGUGAGUAGGGCGUGAGUGCCAGCGAGCGCCUGUUGAUCGACUCACUGUGUUGGAGCCAAGCCACGACAGCCCUCGCUCGAGAGAACCCUCUGAAACUGCUGCAACACCACAUCAAGGUGAGUACAAGGGAGGGGGUCACGUGACUUCCCUUGUCGUAACUAUUUUCCCACCCCAUUAUUGUUUAGUCACUGGAUUCUGCCCCGCUGCAGCCCGACCUGCAGACAGGUACACUAUGAACAGAUGUAGGAUAUCUGUAUGUCUGCUCUCUUGUGCAGAAGUGGUGGCGCCGUCUGCCAGCAAGGGACAGGUUACAUACGCCGCCGAGGUGAGCGGGCCCACGCGGAUGAGUUACAAUGACGUUGUGUGGUGUAUCCGGGUAUUGGCGUUUCCAGGACGUUUCGAGCGUUUCCAACCUUAAUGCUAUGGCCCUUGCCCAGAAAAUGCAAAGGCUCGAACAGAAAAUCGCAGGUCCCCCAAUGGCAGAACAGAGGGGAAUCAAUGAAGCGGGCCAUUCUACUUCUCUGUUUCUUUUGUACAUACCUUUUUUCCAGCCCUUUCUGAGUGUACAGCGGGCAGCGAAGAUGAUACGGCAGAGGCGAAGGGCGCGCAACUGGACACCGCCCAUAGUGCUGCGAGCAUCAUCGGUACCUCAUGCGAGCACAGGAAGGUCGAGCCGCUUGCCGCUAUCGUGCUGUGUGAGGCGUAUGGUCAGGGGCUGUGAGCGAGUUGGUGUCUCGUGUCCGUCUGUGUGGGGACGAAAAGGCCUUGAGUGAGCUGGAGUGCUCACUGCAUGUAGUCAGCACGGAACUGGACCUCCUCGAGAGCCAAGCUGCACGGGUAGGUAGAUUAUGUCGGCAUGCAUAUCGCACAUCUGCCUUUGUUGCCCUCAGGAGCGGCAUAUGUUCGAUUCUCUGCCGGCGAGCAUGAACCCCAUCAAGAAGGUGAGGGUUGACUUAGGGCAAACGGGCUGUCUAGAUCAUCGAGUGGAUCUCUUGCGCGUAUUCAUGCAGUUUGAGAAGCUCUAUGACGAGCUGGCGCCCAUGGACGCGAUAGCUGAGUACUGAACACCACCACUACAAGCAACUCAUAGCUGUCCACCGCGUUUCUGCCAUGGCUGCAGUCGUUUGCAGGGUGUUAUCAGCGGACUGCAGGAGGGCUCGAUUCAAGAGGGGCUUGGAGAGGCCAGCAGCGUCUGCCAGUCGCUGAGACGACAGGAAAUACAAAACAUGCAACUCAAGGUGGCCAAUUGAGGCAGAAGAACAUCGGCCAAAAUGCCGUGUAAGUUGGCCUGCCCCUGCUUGCUGCCUGCAGGAUAGCUUGAAGACCAACAGCGAUGCCAUAGCCAAGGUGAGAUGUGCACAGACACGACCAGCGCCCGGGGCCACGUGUCUGAUCUAUUCACGUGUAUUCUCUCUUGUGCUGCAGAUGCAGCUGACUCUUUCAGAGAAUGCCGCUGCAGUGCAUAGAGGCGUGGAAGCGCUCAUCAAGAGAAGUCAAGAAGUGAAGAGUUAG